AAGAGAAAAGGAAAACUAAAAUAAACUGAAAAUAUUCUAAGCUGGAGAAAGAAGGGGUUUAAAAAGAGAGGUUUAAGUCCAGCAGCCAUGGGAGAUAUUCUCUCCACGCCUUGGCAGCCGAAGUCCAACUCCUCCCCGCGGACACCGGAGAUCCACCAUGUCUUCUUCAAAUUCUCCGCAAACCCAUCAACCAAAAUCCACCCAGCUGCACAGAAUCCCAGAAUCAAGGAUCCCAAUUCAAGAAACCUCUGAUCCACCAAGAGAUACAAAGACAGCGGGAGUCCAAGAAAAUCCAGCAGAAAAGGAGACCCUUUUGGCGAGGGAUUCGGAAGAACCCAAGUACCCAGUUCAGGAGACCCUUUCAGAGGGAGCCGAGGGAGAAGAAGACGUGGAAGGUGAAUGUGGGUUUUGCUUGUUUAUGAAAGGGGGCGGAUGCAUAGAGACGUUUAUAGAAUGGGAGAAGUGUGUGGAGGAAGGAGAGAAGAACAAAGAGGAUAUCGUGGAGAAGUGUUUUCAGGCAACUGCAGCUCUUAAGAAGUGCAUGGAGGCGCAUUCCGAUUAUUACGCUCCUCUUUUGCAGGCCGAGAAGGCUGCGAAGCAGUUGGAGGAACAGAAAGAAAGGUCGAAUAACCAAGGAGGAGGAGGUGAAGGAAUGGGAAAGAAGGAAAAGGAAUAACAUUUUGGUAGCUCUGAUCGAAAGAAAUAGUCUUGAUCUGGUAGGAUAUUGAAGAUUGAGCUUUCUUGAUUAUACGGUUCUUAUUGCUAAUUGAAAUGAGGACUUUUUGCUGAGGUAAAGUAAUAUAAAACUUGAAAAUUUUGGGAUGAAAUUGAUAUGCUUUUGCAUAAAUGUAUUGGCUAUUAAAUGGAAAUUCAUUCAAUGCAUCCUGCCGAUCUUAACAUGUAAAAUCAUCUUAUUUGUGGGGAACAUUGACUGAACGUUCUUCUAUCUCUCCAAUAUGCUGCCCAUUGGGUUGAUAAUUUUGAAUUGUUUGAAGGAAAUGCGAAAUCUUGCAAUGAUCUGGGUAGAUGAAACAGGAAAAUUUUCUUUGGGCAACAUAGUGAUAUUUACUUGUAACUGCAGAUAUUCUUGCCAGGAUUAUGUUUUGACUGCAUUACGGAUUUUGGUUCACAAGUUGAGAUGAUUUAACUUACUAGUCUGUGGUUUCUUGGUCAGAGAGAGAUGAAGAUGAAAAUGUGUUUACAUCCAUGAGAUAAAUGACGAACGCCAUUUUAGUUAUAUGCAAAAUCUAGCAGAAACCUCAACACUUGAUUUGCCGCUCGAUUCUGUUUUUGUCAAUAAUUAUUGAUCUGUUUGAGUUCUAGUUGGCGGACAUUUGGCAAUUUCUGGAGCUUGUAUAUUUGAUCUGUCACUACAGUUUCUUAUAGGGUCUCCUUUCAGGGGUUUAAGACCUUCCUCAUAUAUACCACCCAGUAAAAUGCAUGUGGGCACGUGUAUGUCCUUGAUAUGCUUGCAAACAAGAAAACUUUUAUGUCUUUCAAAGUUGCUGCUUCAGUUGGUGUCCUGAUUAUGAUCUUUCCUCAAGUUCUUGACUCCAAUCACGUUUUCUUUGUUCUCCUUAUGUUAAGCUUUUCUUUUUCCUUUUUUGGUAUGCUUUUGAUAAGACGUGAUGCAAUAUUCAUCGUUGCCUUCUGUUGCAACCCCAUUCAUGGUGGUUGAUGGCCAGUUGGGUAUUUUUAUUGACAGGUAUGAAUAUCAUGAAAAAAGUGAAUUUAUUGGUUUCCGAAGAUCUUACUCCUUCAGCCUAUAUGAUGAAAUUUCCUGCGAGACUCUGCUUCAAUCUUUAGAAUGCAUAAUUUCAGGAAAUUUGAUUUUCUAGACUUUGUUAGAAUUUGGAAGAGUUAGAAAUUCAAGAUCUGUUAUGUUGUUUCAGAAGCUACGGCCUAUAGCCCUUAGAAGAAAGUCUGAAUUGCAUUAUUUUUAUAUGCUAUAAUACACUAUGCUAUAUAGGAGACGACUCAGGGAAGACUUUAAAUCACUUUAGAGAGCCUUUUGUAGGAUUUUCCAGUGACGAGGUUUGGUCGGAGAAGCAGCAAAACUUAUAUCUUUGAUGACCUUUGAAUAAAAAUGAAAAGGCAACUUUUGACUACGUUUUUAUGCUU